UCGAGUGGUUCUGGAGGAGGAGGCUCAUUCCGAAAUAGCUACUAUGCGAGACCAGGUUUAAGGAGGUGUACACAAGUUCAGGAUACUUUGAAACUAGAAAUUAAUCAGCUCAACAAUCGGUUAUCGAAAAAUGUGUUACGGACAUCCAAAGUUGUAGAAAACUAUUUGGCUUAUCACGAACAUCGCAGAGUGUUUGAUCCGUUUCUCACGCCUUUGGGGUCAGUAUCUGAUCCUUUUCAAAGUCAACCUAAUCCCUGGAUCAGUGACACUGUUGAUUUUUGGCAACAUGACAAGAUAACUGGUGAUAUUUCUACUCGACGCUUGAAAUUGUGGGAAGAAUGUUUCGAGGAACUUCUUGCUGAUUUGCUUGGAAGAGAAACUUUGCAAAAGUUUCUUGAUAAAGAGUAUUCAGGCGAGAAUCUUCGUUUCUGGUGGGAGGUUCAAAAGUUGCGGAAAUGCAGCUGUAGAAUGGUUCCUGUUCUCGUAACUGAGAUUUACAACGAGUUCAUAGAUUCGAAUGCAACAUCGCCUGUUAAUGUGGAUUGUAAGGUGAUGGAAAUAACGGAGGAGAAUUUGAAAAAUCCUAAUCGAUGGAGCUUCGACGAGGCUGCGGAUCACAUAUUCUGCUUGAUGAAGAAUGACAGCUAUCAACGUUUUCUCCGUUCUGACAUUUAUAAGGACCUCCUCAUUCAGUCGAAGAAAAAGGUGCCGGUGAAGAUGUCUAGAGAUAUCGGCAUACGCUUCCCAACGUUGCCUGGUUUCUCUUCAAACGCAGUGCGCCGUGACGCAAACCUCACUGUUGGCGCUCAGGCAGUGGUGGCCACGAGCGGAUCGUCAAGCUGCUCACCUACAACUGCUACUACCGUAGGCAUUUGA